AUGCCUUGGACCAACGAGGGAGAUCUACGUGUUGCUGUCUGUCGUGGCGACGCGGCGAGCGUCACGGCGCUGCUCGCCACCGGUGCGAAAUGCGAUGGCAUCAACCGCCUGGGUCAAACGCCGCUGCACGAAGCAGCCGCCAAAGGCCACGUCGAGAUCGUUCGUCUGCUUCUGCAGCACUACCCAAGUGGUAUCGCUGCCCGGGAUGCCGUGCUCGGGGAUACGCCGCUGCACUACGCCACGUUUUACAGGCAAAUAAGGGUCGUCCAAGUGCUUCUCGAAGCCGACGCCUCGGUGCUGGUGCAUGAUCCGAAAACUGCGUCUGCCCUCGCGUACGCCGAGCGCUAUGGCGUGCAUGCCGUGGUUCCGUUAUUGCAGAGCCGAUUGCGCCAGGAAACCGAGAAGCUCUUUGCCGCAGUGCGUAAAGGAAAGCUAUCCAAAGUCCGCGCCUUGCUCGCCCAAGGGCUCGACCCCAACCUCUGUGACGACACCCACGGGUCGUUGCUCCAAGCAAUUAUCGACAGCGCCAACAUGAAGCUGGUCCGCGCCAUCCUGGCGCUGCCUACUAUCCAACUCGCCGCUGUGAUCGCAUCGGCCCGCUGGCUCCAAACCACAGUCGCAGAGCAACAGUUGUGCAACGCAGCGAGAGACGGCGACUUGAGUGCCGUCGACGCGAGUCUAGAACGCGACAUCAACACCUCCUGCCAAGACGCCUUGUUUGGUCGAACGCCGCUGCACUGGGCGUGUAUGAGGGGUCAUGGCGACAUCGCCGCGCGCCUCGUUGCUGCCAAGGUCGGUGUCAACGCGCGCGACAAUCUGCAGGCGACACCGCUCCACUACGCGGCUCGCUACGGCCACUCUGCCGCUGCGCACGUGCUCUUACGCGCUCACGCCGAAACGAGGACCACGGACGCGGGACAGCUCCUUGUCGCAGUACGUCGUGGCGACGAGGCCAGCGUCAUGACGCUGCUGGAAGAAGGCGUCGCCUGUGUCACCUGGGGUCAAACGCUGCUGCACGAAGCGGCCGCCAAAGGCCACGUUGAGAUCGUUCGUCUGCUUCUGCAGCACCUUCCGACGAUCCCCUUUCGGCACUUGCGCGUGGCCGUUGGUAUCAACGCCAAAGAUGCGCUCGGGGACACGCCGCUGCACUACGCCGUGUACUACAAGCACGCGGCGGUCGUCGAGCUGCUUCUGGACGCGCACGCCUCGGUGGUCAUCGCAAAUAACACGGCGAUCGCGUACGCCAAGCGCUACGGCGCGCACGAGAUUACGCCGCUUUUGCUGGACCGCUUGCCGUGGGAGCCGCCGGCGACGACGCCCGCCGAGCCAGCUUAA